UAAAUUAAUGUUGUCAUCUUGCUUGGUUCCAAAUUUAAAGUAAAUCCUUUAUAUAAUGAAAACGUAAUUAGCAUUUUCAUAUCCGUCAGGACUUUGUCAGGACAUUGUCAGGACAUUAGUGUAACCCCGAAAUAAGAGCGGGAAAUAAUUGGCGGACACAGCUGUAAGAGGGAAGACCGUGGGGAAGACCAAGAAGCUGAUGGGGGUAGAAACUGAACCUGUUUGCAAAAAACCAAAAAUGCCCCUUGACAAUGUGGUUUUAAGAUUUGCUAAAUUGACAGCCAAUGCUCUCAGUCCGACUAGAGGUUCAAAGUUAGCGGCUGGUUAUGAUUUGUACAGUGCCUAUGAUUAUAAGAUUCCAUCAAAAGGGAAAGUUUGUGCAAUGACAGACAUACAGAUAGCACUCCCAGAAGGCUGCUAUGGUCGUGUGGCACCAAGAUCUGGUCUUGCAGCCAAGCAUUUUAUUGAUGUCGGAGCUGGAGUGAUUGAUCAGGACUAUCGUGGUAAUGUGGGAGUUGUCAUGUUUAAUUUUGGAGAACAAGAAUUCGUUGUGAAUAAAGGUGACAGAAUUGCUCAGCUGAUAUGUGAAAGAAUUUAUAUUCCUGAACUAGAAGAAUGUGAGAAUUUAAAUAAAACAGAACGAGGAGAAGGAGGAUUUGGUUCUACAGGAACAAAUUAGAAGGGGCAUGGUGUAAAACCAACUAGAUUAGAAGAGGCAUGAUGGAAAACUAGCAAGAUUAAAAGGGGCAUGAUGGAAAUCCAGUAAGAUUAGAAGGGGCAUGAUGAUAAUGGAAACCCAACAAGAUUAAAAGAAACCAAAAGAAAUACAAACAGAUCUUGUUACUGUGUCUGUCAACAUCAUUUGACUGGUUUAAGGCAUUUUCUAAAUGGUUGAGAUUUUUAUAGAUGUCAAUAGAUUUCUGGAUUUUGAUAAUUUGUACGCAUAAUGUCACCAUUGUCUAGAAUUUUUCUACUGGUAUAUUUUCAUCCAUGUUUCUUUAUAUAUUGUCCAAUAUUCAUAAAUUGCUUUGUAAAUUUCAUAUAAUUAUUGUAUGUGUGUGUGUACUGAUUAAUGUUUGUGUAAAUGAAUCGUCGUAUGAAUCAGAUAAUUGUGUGUGUGUGUGUACUGGUAAACAUUUGUGUAAAUCAAUCGUAUGAAUCAGCUUUUUUUGGGUCUUGUCAUUUUGACUUCAUCGCAAUUGAAAUCAUGUAGCCAUACAAUGCCUAUGUCUUUCAAAAGAAUUGUAAGUGUUCAAUUGUUAUUUUGGCUGUUUCAUUCAAAUGGAAAUGGGAGUUUAGACUUGAACACAUUUUCUUUUACUGACCUAUUCCCAAAAACCCUCGAGUCAUAUUGAUACUAAACAAUGUGAAUGAAAUGAGACAGUGACUAAGUAUCAUAAUUUAGAAUUAUUGGUAUUAACUGUACCAAUUUUUCUGUCCCAGAUGCACAAAGAUAUUAAUAAUCAAAAUAAAGAUAAUCAGAAGUGAGUUUUUUGGGUAAAAAUUGCAUGAAAUGCAAUGAAAACCUCGUGGUACGGACAGUCUUCAAGAUAAACUUUUAAAUCUACAGGCCCUGAGCUCAAUUUUUGGAAAAUUUAUAGUUAGAAUCUGUUGGCCUAUAGAGAUGAUUUUUACAGGCCCGGAAGCAAUUUUAGAAGCCUGGGCUGCUUGGCCUGUGGUUAAGCGUGAAGACUGUGUAACGGACUUGAUAUUUAAAUCUUCCAAGGUUUAUCACUACCUUUGAUAGUUUAAACAAAAUAGUGAAGUGCAGUGAUCAUUCUUCAGAUCCUAUCAAGUCAAUGUCAUGCAAUUUAUCAAUGCUAUGUUAUACUUAGAUAUUCAAGUUACGAUAUGAUGUGUAGUGGAAUUACUAAACUUGAUUUGUUAAGAGAACUUUCUUUAUUGAAAAUUGCAUAAGUAAUGCAUGGCAUAUGAAUCUGUUAUAAGGAUAGGCUCAACUACAAUGAAAAAUCAUGAACAAAGGAAGAUAACUCCAACUCAAAUUGAUAAAUUGCCUAGCUAAUUACAAUUCAGUAUUUUAUUUUAAAUUAAAUGAAAGCAAUCUUUACCCUUUCAGUGCUCACAAGCACUUUGAUUUAUAUCUAUGACUGACUAGUGACAAUUCAGCACCUUGCCUCAUAGUAAAUGCUGCAUUGCAUCCAAAAAUUGAAUAUAUUCUUCUUUUGCUUCUUCUAAACAUGGAUGCUUUUAUUUAAGUAAACAAUAUUUUAUUCAAUAUAUAUUAACAAUAAUAAAUGGUUGUAUUGUUAUAAAGUGCUGAUACAUAAUCGACUUAUGCUUUGAAUUAGAUCUGAUAGGUUAGGUGUAUGUGCAAGCUGUGUUUUAGCAAACUUGAACGUCUUGAAAUUGAUAUUUAUGUCUUUGAGAAGUGUUUCCAUCUCAGUGCUUGAUUGCUCAAUACAAAUAACUACUGUUUAACAUGUCUACAAAACAGAUUGAAUCAAAUAGUUGCAGCUUCAAAAAUAAAUAUGGUUUGAUUUAUAAUUUAUUAAAUUAUAUUUGCUAGUUGCACUAAUUUUAGUUAUAUGAAUAGCAGUUAAUUGUUUUGAGCAACAUUGUUGACUGUUUUACAUGCUCUUAAGGAUGUUUGCUACUCUAGUUUUAUACUUUUUUGUCAGAUAUUCGGAAUCCUCUAGUUUUAUCCAAUGUAGUGCCAAUAAAAAUUUUGCCUGCUAACCCUCAGUUUUCUUUGCAUAAUUUUAUUACAUACAGUUUAUAAAGCAAUUUUUGAAAAUCUUAUGAAAUCCUUGUUAUUUUUUCAUAGUUUUAGAAAGUAAACAGGUGCUAAUGUUAAAUGUAUGAAAAAUCUAGAGAGAAUCAUUUCCCGCCAAAUUUUCAAUUGAUUAUAUCUCAUAAACAAGGACACGGACCUGUCAUUUUUUUCUGCCUUUUAAGUUCUGUUAUUUAUAAACUAUCAAUUUAUGAUAGUCUUUUAAAAAACUUGUUAUUUUGAAACAGAGGAGCGAACAUCCUUAAGGUGGUACCCAACACCUUGACUAAUAUUAAUUUGGCUCAUUUAAUUUUCAUAAAAUUUUGACAAAAUGUUUACUUUGACCCUUUGACAAAAAUAUAAAAAUUUCAAAAAAUUUGAACCAACCACUUUAUCAGAAAAAUUUCAUUGGUUAUAUAGCAGUUUGACAAACACCAAUUUUGAUCAUUGAGAAGCUUAAUAUUUCCUUAACAAUACAACGUAAUUAAAACGUUUAGCUGAUUUUUACAGAGUUAUCUCCCUGUAGUGUUAGGUACCACCUUAAGUAUGUUCAAAUGUUUAUAGUGCUGUUUGUUUGUAUUCUACCUCCUGUAAUUAUUUUGUUGCUUUGUUUUAUUAUGUUUGAAAGGUCCUGUAAGCUACCAGGUUUUCUUUGAAUUGUUCUCGUAUGGCUUUAUCCUGGAAUCAGAAAAGUUCUAAAUCUGUGAUUCAAAGAACGAAAAGUAUAAUGCAAAAUUAUAAAGUAUUUAUAAUAAAAUAUUGAUCUAUCUGCUAUAAAAAACACUUUUUUGCAAAUGUGUAGACCUCUGUUAAACCAACCAAGGAUUUGUAUAGUGAGAAGGAUUGGAAUCUUACAGUUUUUCGAUACAUCUCGCGUAUCGUGAAAAGUCACAUACUUGCCACUUCAAAUGUAUACACGUCUAUAAGUAAAUAACCAGUUGAACAACGUGUUGGGCAACAUAAAUACAUGUAUUCUAACCCACAAAUUUUGGAAAUAUUAUAUUCUUGAAUAAAAAUUUCUUGCAGCAUUGGCUUAAAUAAUAAAUAAAUGUCUUUAAAUGUCUUUAACCCACAAAUUUGGAAAUAUGUGCUUGAAAAAAAAUCGUGCAGUAUUGUCUCGAAAAAAUAAAUAAAUGUUUCUAACAAUGUUUGAAUAUAAUUGUUUGUACAGGAAACAUACUUACCCCUGUCAAUAUUGUCAAACAUGAUAAUAUCAACUGUUUUGUUAUUCCAAUCCAUCUCACUAUACAAAUCCUUGAAACAACCAAGAGGUUUAUUUGGUAAUCACGAGUUGUGCUAACUUUUGCGGACCGGCUGUUUAAGGGGCAUGAAAAAGGAUAACUGAAGUUUACAGGACCUAAGAUACCACCACCUUGUGUUCAAUCUGUAAAUAGUAUUAUUACAAUUGUAGUAUAUUUAGUUAUGGGGUACCAGUUUUGUAGUAUAUUUAGUUAUGGGGUACCAGUUUUGUAGUUUAUCCUGUAAUAGAUAGUACCAGUAUAAAUGGCAUAUCCAGAAUCUCUGGUUAAUAAGGAUGUACAAAUAGUGUUGUAUAUCCAGUUUAGGAGACCGUGGUGUAAAGUUGCUUCUCCUAAAAAAAAAAAGAAUGACUGGUUUAGUGUAUUUAGAAGCUCCAGCAUACUUAAGUUAUCUAUCAAAAAUAUCUCUAUUGUUCAAAAGAUAUUUCGAGUUCUAAUAAUAUCUUUAGUGUUCAAAAAUAUCUUGUGUUCAAAAAUAUCUUGUGUUCAAAAAUACCUUGAUUGUUCAAAAAUAACUUGUGUUCAAAAAUAUCUCGAUGUUCAAAAAUAACUUGUGUUCAAAAAUAUCUUGAGUGUUCAAAAAUAUGUGUUGAAAAAUAUCUUGUGUUCAAAAAUAUGAGUGCAUUAAUAUCUUGUGUUCAAAAAUGUCAUGAAUGUUCAAAGAUGUAUUGUUUUCUAUUUUACAAAGAGAUUGACAUACUUCUUCUGAUAGUAUUUAUUGAUGUACCCCUACAUUUAUGUGUUUUAAUGCACAGUUAUGGGGUUUAUUGACAUCUAGCAAAGAUAUCUGUACAAAACGGUGCUAGGGGAGGAGGGGGGGGCCAUCUUGAACUUGAAAGAUGUUCCAUUUUACAUUCAAGAUUUUGUUAAACUUGAGGUAAAACAAUAUUCCAAUUGUGUAGCUAUCUGCUUCUUGAUUUAAGAGAAAUAUAACCAUAGGCGGAUCCUGGGGGGCCCGGCCCCCCCUUUUGUGGGAAAAAUUUGGUUGAUUAUAUAGGGAAUCACUGAAGCAUGACUGGAGCGGGCCCCCCCUUAGGUCAGUCAGUGGGCCCCCCCUUAUGAAAAGUUCUGGAUCCGCCACUGAUAACUAUUCAACUGAACAAAUAUUUAAAAUUGCAAUUAUAUUAGAAUUGAGUGCCAAAAAAUUAUAUAGAAGAAAAAAGAAAGAGGCUAUGUAAAGCAUUACUCUUAUGAUGUUGACAGGUAUUACAUUCCAUCAAUGCAUUAUUUUACUGCAUCAACUUUUAUAUUGCAGAAUUGAGAUUUGUCAGUUGUAUUAUUAAAUCAGUUUUCCUAAUGUAUGCAUCAUUCUCUCUUCGCCUUCAGUUUCUGUUUAAAAAGAAGUAAAAAAAAAAUUGUGAAUCAGAAAAAAAAUCCUUUUAUGAAAAGGGUUUAUGAACAAAACAAUUUUGAUAUGUUUUAAAAGCACUUUGAAAAAGUUAUUAUAUUUUUAAUAAAAUUUUCAGUAGA